AUGCAGGACACACAUAAGAAAUAUUAUGAUGGCAAGCACCGAUCAGUUGAGUUUGAUAUUGGAGAGUUUAUAUUUCUCAAAAUCAGUCCAAUGAAGGGAGUGAAGAGAUUUGGCAAAGCAGAAAAACUGAGUAUCAGAUUUGUAGGUCCUUUUAAGAUUUUAGAAAUGAUUGGAAAGGUGGCCUACAGGAAAUAUAUUUCAGAUGAGGCUCAGAGCAUUAAUACAUAUGUGGUAGACAUUCAACCUGACUUGACUUUUAUUAAUGAACCAGAGAAGAUUCUUGACUUUGAGGUUAAACAGUUGACGAGCAGAGCAAUUCCUUUUGUUAAG